AUGUCGCAACCGAAACAAUCGGCGCCGCCGCCGCGACAAUCGACCGGCUCCGCGUCCGUGGCCGGCAUGACUGCCAACGGCGACGAUGACACCGGCCUCACGCAGUCGCUGAGCCAGCUCUCUCUGGCUGGUCAGCCGCCGCCCGCCAAGUCUCCCCAGAUCAAGACGACGCCUGCGGCCCUCAAACCGCCGUCGCGACGUUCGUCCAGCACCGCGACCUCUCCUCGACCCCGACUUCCGUCCCGCAGCCCCUCGAAUGGACGCGAGUCCCGAGCCUCACGCGCAGGCACGCCGCCUCUCCUCAGGAAGGCGUCGCUGAAUUCGCUUCAUUCCCUCAACGGCUCCAGCACCGCACGACCUGCGUCACGCCGGUCCAGCUCCUCGCACUUCACCCCUGGGCUGAAUAAGACGGGGCACAUAGGCGCAAACGUGCCGGAAGAAGAGGAGAGGGAGCCCGUAACGGCAAAUUCGGUCGCCAGAGACUACUUCAAGGCUGAGCUCGCUGCUCAUCACGGCGAAGCGCGAACGCGACAGACCGAGACCAUUGUCAUUCUCAACGACGCCGUGUAUGGCCACAGAUUCUCGCGACCCCGAACCUCUCGCAGCGCCCUGAGCACCAUUGUCGAGCGACCCGAGAGAAUCAAGGCUGGAGUGUUGGGUAUCUCGACAGCCUACGUGCACCUGGGUGGACGACAUAGCGAGGGAACACUCCCCAUUGACCCUAAGAGAGACGUGCAUGGUGUACCUGGCAUCCCCUUUCGCAUCCGAAAGACUACAAGGCGCUUACCGCUGGCGUCGCCGGCAGUCACUAAUGUCCAUGGAACCAAGUGGAUGGACGAGCUCAAGCUCAUGUGCGACUCGGCCGAGGCCAAGUUGGCCAUGGGUGGAAGGGAGCUGCAGCGACCUGUCAUGCCGCGGGGCCCAGACGAGGGCCCGCCCCAAAAGCUUCACGAAGGCGACCUCUAUUUAUGCUCCGAGUCCCUGACUGCUAUCGAAGGAGCGUUGGGGGCGGUCUGUGAGGCUGUCGAUACGGUCUUCACGACGGACUACCGGAGGGCCUUUGUGGGCGUGAGGCCGCCGGGACACCACUGCUCCGCGUCGCACCCCUCGGGAUUCUGCUGGGUCAACAAUGUACACGUUGGAAUUAUGCACGGAGUGCUCACGCAAGGCAUGACGCACGCAGCUAUCAUCGACUUUGACCUACACCACGGCGACGGCUCCCAGUCCAUCACUUGGCAGCACAACACGCGUGCGGUAUCGGCGACCAAGAAUGCGUCUCCGUGGAAAAAGACCUCGAUAGGCUACUUUAGCCUCCACGACAUCAACUCGUAUCCUUGCGAGAUGGGUGACGAGGAAAAGGUCAAAAACGCCAGUCUUUGCAUCGACAAUGCACACGGCCAGACAAUCUGGAACGUCCACCUGCAGUCAUGGAAGACGGAGCAGGAUUUCUGGGCAUUGUACGAGUCUAAAUACAUGGUGUUGCUGGACAAGACGCGCAACUAUCUCAAGAACCAAGCCGAGCGACUCACUGCGCUGGGACAGACCCCGAAGGCGGCCAUUUUCUUCUCCGCCGGCUUUGAUGCCAGCGAGUGGGAAAGCGCCGGCAUGCAGCGCCAUCAGGUCAACGUGCCAACUGAGUUCUAUGCCAGGUUAUCGCAGGACGUGGUCAGGCUGGCAGCCGAGGAAGGCUUACACGUGGAUGGCAGAGUCAUCAGCGUGCUCGAGGGCGGCUACAGCGACAGAGCAAUUUCAUCUGGCGUCCUCAGCCAUUUGAGCGGACUCGUAGGCGACCAAGCGCCCGGGAAGCACUUCCAAGACUCGCCCGGACUCGGCAGCGAGAUGGGUCUGCGAAUUGGCGUCAUCGAAGAUGGACCGCAAGUCGCGACGACCCGACCUCUCGCGUCGACACACUUGUACGAUCCGCUCUGGUGGGCCAGCGGCGAGCUGGACAAGUUGGAGCGUCUCACCGAACCCCCCUCGCCUCCUCGCAAGCCACGCAACACAGCGCAACCGACGUACUCGUCGCCCACCCAGGCGUCGACAGCCAGAGUUGUCGACCCAGUUCGGAUGCGGCGCAGUCUAUCCGGGGUUUCCACGAGGGUCAUCGAGCGCCCACCGUCGCCCCCGCCCCCAGAAGUCCCCUGGGUUAUUGCAGCUCAGGAGCUCUGCAAGUUGCUCAUACCUUCAGAGCGUCAGACGGAUAGCUGCAAGCCGGAGGACUUGAAUGCGGAGGCGACAAAGGCUCGGCGGGACCGCGCGUCGAAUCUGAUGGGCCUACCGCCGCCUCCUGACCCCCCGAGCCGGCCUGGAUCGCGAAUGGCUCUGCGUGAGCGAAAGGCCAGGGCCAUCGGCCCAAUCGACGAAGAAACAAACGAGCAACUUCCCAAGACUCGUCGCAGAAAUGGUGCAACACCGCCUUCCACUCGCAGUACACCAUCACGUCAGAAUGGCGGCCAAACAGCCAGGAGGGCCAGCCGGCGCCUUAGUGGAGCGUCGUCCGUGGUCAGUCCGGCGUAUGAGGAACCACCGCCACUGCCUGGCAGCGACGGCAGUGCAAGUCGACCUCCGUCUGCUGUGAGCUCUCGAACCGAGAGCAGUGGAAAGCUUGCCGUGAAGAAGACCCGGCCGGCAGCUCCGCGAAAAGAAGCGGCACCUAGGGCUCGGAGCCCAAGGAAGGCUUCGACGCCGGCUCGCAAGAAAGCACCAGCCUCUGCGACUCAGACGCCUCAGCGACCGUCGACCGCACCUGGUCCGGUCUCCAGCGACGGGUCGGGGAUGGACAACAUCACGACGGGCAUGAAAAAGAUCAAGAUCAACUUGAUCACUCAAGCGCAAAAGGAGGCCAGAGAGCGCGCUCGAAUCGACACAGAGAAAGCCUCGAAGGCUGCUGGGGCACCGGAAACACCUGUCGCAAAGGUAGAAGAACCAUCGACAACUCCCAGCGUUGAGACCUUGCCUCAGUUGCCGGCCUUGACGCAGGCUGGUGACUCCCCCACGAAGCCCGCGGCUCUUGGGUCGUCACUGGCACCAGAGCCACCGUCCUCCUCAACCGGACCGCAAACUCCAAUCGACGAGCCUUACACAUCCGUUCUGGCGACGCCAGAGCCGCGUCAAGUGCCACUUCCAGCUAGCAGCCCGGCCUUGAACGACUCCACGUCGCAGCCGGCAACGGACACCAGCGACUUUUUCAUCUCGUACCAGCCCGAGGGGCCGGCUCCCGUCGCCGUCUCGCAGCAAGAGCCCCUGACAUGGCUGCCACCGACGUUGGGCACGCCCGCGGCCGGCACACCCGCGGCGACGCCGAGUCCGCAGAAAAAGCAAAACGGCCUGUUCCAUUACAAGUCUGGUAUCCCUUUUGCGCCGCGGCCAGCGACAGGCACGCCGAAGCCCGAGGUGGGCACGUACAGCGGCAAGAGCGAAGCCUCCAAGCAUUCGUCGGUGUGGGACUAUCCAGAGACGCCCAAGAAAUAG